AUGGCAUUUUGUAAUUCAUGUGUUCGUCCUUCAAAUUCAUCUAUUGUAAAUUAUACUUCACGUCCAACAAUUUCAUUAAAAUCAUUAUUACGUCGUAAAUUUGUUAAAAAAUCUCCUACUAUUAAUUUAACUCGCAUUCCCAUUCAUCAUUCACAAUCCAGUGCCAGAUUUCAACGUAUUAAAGGAUCAAAUUUUGUCCGAGAAAUCAAUCCAAAUCUAGAAUGUAGUUUUAAAACAGAAUCAACAAAUAAUUAUGAUAUGACUAUUUAUCAUGACGAACAACUUGAUGAUACUCAAAAUAUUUCAUCUUAUCGACGAACAAAAAAAAUUCCACGUUGGGCAAGAAAAAGUCAACUUCAAUUAGCAUUUAUAAAUCAAAUUUAUUUUAAUGAUAAAAAUCCUGACGAUAUUUUUGGUUCUAUUCAUAUGGAUUUAGCUCAUGAAAUGGUACAAUCAAUUGAAUCACGUAACUUUGAAAUUACUCAUAUUUAUAAUUCACCUUUACUUCCACCGAAUUUUGUUUAA